AUGCGCAGAUCAGGAAAAUCAGGAAAGAAGAGAACAAAGAUUGUAAUCUGCACUGCAUCAGCAUUUACAGUAGUUGUUAUUCUUUUGGGUUGCUGCAUCUACUAUUCAGUUAGCAGAGGAGGGGAGAAAACAAGGGAAGAUAUUUUAUUGAAAGAUUUGAAACGUCCCACUGGCAAAACAAAAUUCAGGGAGGGAAAUAUGCAAGCAAGGGGUGAGGAGGACAGUGGAGAAAUGUAUUACUUCAAUUUAACCACUAUUCUGGCUGCUACAAACAAUUUCUCUGAGGCUAAUAAGCUUGGACAAGGAGGUUUUGGCCCUGUUUACAAGGGCAUUCUGCUUAAUGGAAAAGAAAUAGCGGUUAAAAGGCUUUCAGCCAAAUCAGGACAAGGGAUUGAAGAGUUCAGGAAUGAAGUUUUGCUAAUUGUUAAACUUCAACACAAAAAUCUUGUGAGGCUGUUGGGUUACUGCAUAAAGGGAGAUGAAAAGCUUCUAGUCUACGAGUACAUGGCCAACACGAGUCUGGACGCCUUUUUGUUUGGUUUGUUCCCUCUCCUUCUCUCAACUGAAGAGUUGUAA